CCACUCACAUCUUGCCGUGUCAAUAAUAACCAAAGGAGAAAAACAUUAUUAAUCAGUUGGUUGACUUUUCUCCUUACAUUUAACUGUUUUUUCCUUAUUAUAAAAUGGCUACUCACCUGCGGAUGUGGCUGCUGGCUUUUUUAAUAAUAAUUUCCUACCUCUGUCCUAUUCAGUGUUCUAAUGUGGUUCAAUUAACAGAUGAAACUUUUGAUAAAUUUGUUGCUGAAAAUAAAGUAGUUUUUAUCAAUUUUUACGCCGACUGGUGUAGAUUUAGUCAGAUGUUAGCACCUGUAUUUGAUCAGACAGCAGAUAUUGCUAAAGAGGAAUUUCCUAAUGUACUGAAGUUUGCCAAAGUAGAUUGUGAUGCACAUCAAAAUAUUGGUAGAAGGUUUGGUAUCACUAAAUAUCCUACCUUGAAACUUUGGAGAAAUGGAGAGUCUUCAAGGAGAGAAUACAGAGGCCAGAGGUCUGUAGAUGCUUUCACUAACUACCUCAGAAAUCAAAUGAAAAGUAUUGUAGAAGAGUUCCAUUCCUUGAACGACAUGAAUAUUGAUCCUAAAAAGAGGACACUCAUAGCAUACUUUGAGAAAAGGGAUAGUGAAAACUUCAAGACCUUUGAAAAGGUUGCAGAGGACUUCAGAGAUGACUGUAAUUUCCGUGUUGGAUUUGGUGAUGUAUCUGCUCAUGAAAGAAAAACAGGGGAUAAUAUCGUCUACAGACCUGAAAAUAAGGGACCAGAAGCUGAUAUGGUAUACAUGGGCUCCCUGACAGACUAUGAGAACCUCAAGACAUGGGCUGGUGAUAAGUGUAUCCCACUGGUUCGUGAAAUCACUUUUGAAAAUGCAGAGGAACUGACAGAAGAAGGAAUUCCAUUUCUACUCCUGUUUUACAAUCCAGAGAACACACAAAGCAUUGAAGAAUUUAAAACUGAAGUUGCAAAGCAACUUAUUCAUGAGAAAGGAAAAAUUAAUUUCUUAAUUGCUGAUGGUUUGAAGUUUUCCCAUCCUCUCCAUCACCUUGGAAAAAGUAAAAAUGAUCUUCCUCUUAUUGCUAUUGAUAGCUUCAGGCAUAUGUAUCUCUUCAAUAAAUUUGAAGACAUGAGGAUUCCAGGGAAACUAAAGCAAUUUGUAGCGGACCUUCACUCUGGUAAACUACAUCGUGAAUUUCACCAUGGCCCAGAGGAGACUCCAAAGCCGGAUGUGAUAGAAACAGUACAAGGUGGACAAGGAGACCAAGGAACAGACAACCAACAAGGUGGAGCUGCCACUGACAACAAACAACCUGGAGAAAGUGGAUCAGGAGAGAGAAAGAAAACAAAAACAUCACCUCCUGAAACUGUCUUCAAGAAACUUUCACCAAGCUACAACAGAUACACAUUACUAAGAGAUGAACUCUAAUGCUACAAUUCAGUUUUAACAACGCAAGGGCUACCACUCAAGGUUAUUAUUUUCCUUCAAAUGCAGAGUCUUCCAAACAUCUGUCAUUAUUUAUAGGUUUGUCAUGAAACACUAAUGGUGUCAGUAGUCCCAAAUGAAUGAAAUCGGCCAUCGUAAAAAGGUGCAAGUCUAAUCCAAAUAGACCAUCUAGAUUUGCAAUAGUCCCUUUUCCUAAUUCGGUGUGUACUGUAAAUACCACUGUGUUUCACGACUACAGACUUCACAGGCUUAGCCUCAUUUACGAGUAAAAAAUUGCAAAAAUCAACUGUAAUGUAAAAUUUGUGCAAGUUGAACAAUACCAUGUUUUGAAAUUCCAUGGACUUUUAAUGGAUCCAUAAAUAGCUGACUUAUAAACGAGGCUAACGCUUUGCAAAUAAGUCACUCUGUAGUCUUCAAAAACAGUGGUAUUCAUCAAAAUUAAUGCAACUAGUGUAUUGAUGAUCAUGUACAUCAAAACAAGACAUCAUUCAUUUAUUGGCUAAAAAAUGACCCUAAGUUAUUUAAAAUGAUGUUUUCAAGGAAGGGGGAAGGGAGGAGUGGGGGUUGUUUGUCCGAUCACAUUUAUGUCUAGUUUGAAAAUUCAUAGCCAAGUAGUUUUGAAAUGCAAUAUAUUUUUGGUCAUUCAAAAAUGUUUAAAAAAAAAAAAAAAGUUAUACAGCACUUAACACAAAUUAUAUUUCUCUUUCUUUGCAUAAAACUCAAAUGAUCAGAAAUGUGAUAUUUUCCAAGCUAAAGUAUUUUCACUUUAUUUCAGUAAUAUUCUUUAGUGUUACUUUCUAAUGAUUUUAAAUUAUUCAGUGUUAACUAUAACAAAUGUGGUCCGACUGUGUUAAUCAAUGUUAGUAUGUAUUUUCAGAGAAAAUCUCAACUUCACCUCGGUAAAGAUUAGCCUCCUUUGCAGACGUCUUGUGGUGUUUGGUUCGGAUCCCUCCCCGAACACCACAAGACAUCUGCAACGGAGGCUAAGUAAAGGUUAUGUUCAUUGCAGUAAUAGUAAUUACAGCGAGAUAUUUGUCAAAUGUGCAGUGUUCCAUAAAAGUGAAAGUUUUACACCAGCAGGAUAACAAUAGGGACCUUCAGAUCCAACGAUGAGUAUGAGUACGAGUUUUAAAAUAUUGGUCCUGUGUGUGUGGUUAACGCUGAAUCAUAGCUGAUUUACAAUCUAGAGUUGUUUCAAUCUACGUACACGACCACAACUAUGAAAUUGACGAUAGUACCAAUCACAGUUUAAAACUUGUACCCGUACUUGGAUCUCUAAUGCUUUGUGACAGCAAAUCACCCAUAUUUUUGUUGCCCAGGGGGAAAAGGUGUCAAAUCCUGAGGUUUUUGUUCUCUGUGCCUUGAAAACUUAAAUGGAAGUGUGAAAAUAUUAUGAUUAUCCUGUACUUUUUUUUUUUCUAGAAAGAUUUUACAUUUGGGUAUCUUGUUUCAAUUCCAUUUUAUUGUCAUUAUUUUUUAUUUCAUUCUCAAUGUUGUCUCAUGUUUUACACUUUGAGUUGGGUUUAAUGCUAGUAGAAGUACAUAUUAAUAUUAUUAGCCUUAAUAUCAGCCAGUUGAAUAAGUAAAGUAUUUUGAUAAUAGCUGAUCUUUUGGCUAGAAGUAUAAGAAAUUUUAAUAUUUUAAAUCACUGGAAUUAUAUUUGUCUGUCAUUAAAUUACCAACUAAACAAUAA